GCCCUCUGGGCUAUAUUUGCAGUUCCGCGGACGGAGACAAAAGACAACAAAAAUAGUGCAAAAAAUGGCAGAUGUGAGAAAACAGCUGGAAAUUAAGCAAGCAGCCGAGUACAACUGUGAGGAAUUGAAGCGAAAGUUUAAAGAUGUGCUGGAGUUCCAGCGGCAGAUGAAGGAAACGGAGAAAUUGGUGAAAACGGGCAGUUCAGAUUCGGUGGAAAAUAAGGACAUCAAAGUGCCAGUGCGCAGCCAGUUGAGGGUGAUGCCAACGGAGGAUGAUGAUGCAAAAGAUCCCCACACUCUUGCCAAUGGGAUGAAAGAGAAGGGGAACAAAUGUGUCAAAUUGGAGCAAUACGAGGAAGCUCUUUCUCACUAUACAGCUGCCAUUGAGACCUUUCCGGAUGACCCUAUUUACUAUACAAAUCGUGCUCUGUGCAAUCUCAAGCUCGAUCGUCAGAAUAGGGCUAUCGAGGACUGCAAUAUUGCUAUUUCGCUGGACAGGAAAUAUGUGAAGGCUUUCUAUCGGCGGAUGCAGGCUAAUGAGUCACUGGGAAACUGGGAAGCAGCUGUGAGGGAUUGUGAGACAGUGAUGAGACUGGAUCCAUCGAUACAUUCACUUAGUCGGCAGCUGAGUGAUUUUAAGAAACGCCUGAUGAAAGAAAGGAAUCAUACGUCACGCGAUGAGAUCAACAAUAACAGGAAGCGCGAGGAAUCAUGGAGUGGAGUUCCUGGUAAGCCAUGGAGUAGACUCGACAGGGAGGCUAAGGAAGUGGACUUUGUGGAAAAGAAACCCCAUCUCAGAUCAAAGAAACCGCUGAAGAGGAUUGAAAUUGUUGAGAAUCAUACGCGGCCUGAGCCAAUUCCUGAUCACAUUGUCGAUAAGCUCUUCAAUAACUUCACCGGUGAGUACAGUGCUUCCUCCUCCUCUUCCCCUCCUUCAGCCUUCGAUUAUGGCCUCCCGGUGAUGGCCUUGCCUUUUGCGCCGCGUCCGUCCACGAGUCAGGAAGUGGAGGAUGAUGUGUUUGAUCAUUUGGCCAAGUACAAUGAGCAGAAGAAAGCUAAAGAGAGUCCUCCUCCGAGGCAAGAAAUUGCCCCUGAAUUGCCACCAAAGACCAAAAAAGUUGAACUUCCAACGCAGGAAGAUUCAGCAGAAGCUGAGCUGGAGCAAGCAGUUCCAGAAGUUCCAGCGACAAAUAUCCAGUUCUGCAGCACCUGGAAGGAUCUCACGGAGAAGACACGAUGUGGGUAUUUGGAGGCAAUUGUGGGGGCAAAUAGUGGUGUUAUAAAGGCUCUGGGACCCCUCCUGGACAGUGUUCUGCUAUCUCAAUUGCUAGCCACGAUGCAGAGGCACUUUGUGCAGAAGGAACUACCAGUACACAGUAUUCUCGAUGCUCUGGCCACAAAUAGCGAAAUCAAUAUUCUGUCCAUGUUCAUGUCCACGUCAGAUCGAAAGGCAAUGGAGGAGUUGGUUGGGUACAUGGGCAGAACAGAGGUGGACAAAAAUAUCAUCGUGUCCAUCCAGAAGGCCUUCAAUAUUGCUCAGUAGAUCAAAAAUUUAAAAAAAAAGACAGAAAUUGAGAAUCACCAUCCAGUAAUUUCAAGUCUUCUCUCUUUUAGAAUCCUAAGUGUUACCUUCUUAGUUUUCC